CUGUUGCUAAACGUAACAUGCUGGUUCAAAAUGAACAAAGACCCGAUGAAGUCAACUUUGCUCCCGCUGCCACUCUUAUACGACUCAUUGAGCGAUAUCGCACUAUCAGCCAGUAUUGGGAGCGCAUUGACCAGGCACAAAGACGACGAUUACUUGAGCAAGCUGAAGAUCAGCUUGGUAUUAAGUCUACAAAUGACUUAUUUGAGAAAAUUGAAAAAUUAUACAAGGACAAACACUCCACCGCAGACACACCAUUGUUGCAAAUACACCUCUGCAUAACGCCAUCUGUUGCAUUGCAGUGGAAAUUGCAAAGAAGCGGCUCGACUCAAAGUCCCUAG